AUGAACAACCAGUCGAUGACAGGGAGGACCAUGGUCCCGACCAUCCCGACCAUCCCGUCUAUUAUGUUCAUUUUCGGGGUGGUGGGGAAUGUCAUCGCCAUCGUGGUUCUUUGUAAAUCCCGCAAGGAGCAGAAGGAAACCACGUUUUACACGCUGGUGUGCGGACUGGCAGUCACGGACCUGCUGGGCACGCUGCUGGCCAGUCCGGUCACCAUCGCCACUUACGUGAAGGGCUCGUGGCCAGGAGAGGACCCGCUGUGCCAGUACUUUGGAUUCACCUUGCUUUUCUUCUCCCUGGCGGGGCUCAGUAUCAUCUGCGCCAUGUCGGUGGAGAGGUACAUCGCUAUAAACCAUGCAUACUUCUACAAUGACUAUGUGGACCAGAAACUGGCGGGGUUCACUCUCCUGGCUAUCUACAUCUCCAACGCGCUUUUCUGCGCCCUGCCGAUUGUCGGCUUCGGACAGGUGAAGAAACAAUACCCGCAAACGUGGUGUUUUCUAGAGUGGAGGAGCAACAAGACCAGCGACGCCACCUACUCAUAUAUUUACGCGGGGUUCAGCUCUCUUCUUAUUCUCGCCACUGUUGUCUGUAACGUGCUGGUGUGCGAGGCUUUGAUCCGGAUGCACCGGCGCUUCGUUCGUAGGACGUCGUUGGGAACCGAUCUCGGGCGCAGCGUCGACCCACCGAGGAGAGGACGCAGCUUUGGACGUCUGGCCGGCGCGGAGAUUCAGAUGGUCACUCUGCUUAUAGGCACUUCGGUAGUGGUGCUCAUCUGCUCCAUUCCACUUGUGGCUCAGGUGUUCCUCAACCAGCUGUAUAAGACUCCUGUGGAGCUGAGGCUCAACAAAAACCCUGAUCUACGAGCGAUACGUUUCGCCUCAUUUAACCCCAUUCUUGACCCCUGGAUCUACAUUUUGCUCCGGAAGGCUGUUCUCCUCAAGCUCAUUGAGAAAAUCAAGUACAUAUUUUGCAAGAUGGGAGCACGAAGGCAACGGAGGCAGGGGAGCUUCCACUGCGUAGACAAUCAUCAGCUCUCCUCGGCCCUUUCGAAUCGGGACUCGCACUCCCUGGCUUCCACCUAUAUGCAAGACUUCUCCAGCAGCUUCCAGACCUUCCUCUACCUACCAGAGGGAAGUGAAGUGUACAAAGGAACCUGCCACAAAGUAGAAGCACUCUCUGUUUCACAACCUUUAUCCGUCAGAAACUCACAGGCUUCUCAUUCGUUAGAGCAGGGCAGCGUUGAGGUUCAGAGUAGAGAAGGGACAACUGUCAUCAGGGACUGUGCAGCUCCGCCAUGCCCAAAGGAGCCCGCCCUUCAGGUGUCAUUGAGCACUGACACAGAGCUGACUUAGCUCUGAACAAGGAGAAAGUCAUCGCGUCUCUCUGAGGUAGUCUACUGACUUGUCCAAAAGUGAACUCUGAAAUCUCUGAAAAACAGGGGAAGGCACAUACAAAUAAUAACAGACUCUUCUUGUGAAGUCGGGCACAUGAAGCGAGAAGGAAAGAACAACUUAAAGUGCUGCGAGCGUCCUGUUCUCUGUUUCGGCACCCAGCUACCUCAAGUGAACAGCAACUCUGACUGUGUGAGCAGAUUUUUUCAUUUUGCCCCAAAUAGAUCGAACAGAGAUGACCCACUUCUCCGUGACUCGAGUGUCAAGUGAUGGAAAAGCUUCCUUCCGCAUUUCAGCUACUGUGUCCAAUCAUGUGUGGAAAGCCCUGACUGUAAAGUAAAUGGGGCCAGAUUUAGAAUAAUUGAGUCACUCGCUUUGUGGUCAAUAUGGUAAAUGAAAACAGUAUUAAAUGUGAUCUUUAUGAGUAAUCACUGGCAUGUGUGCUGCCAUUGUAAGGAUUGGUUUUGUUGGAGAGAAACCCCUCUGUUGUCCAGCUCUUUUUGAGGGACAUGUUUUGUUAGUUCCAUGAGUAAUCUACAGUGCAGUAUUAUUAUGUGGUGAACGGCAACGUUUUUGUUCCUGGUCCCUGGAAUACACACGCAUGUAACUCAAAUUAUAAGAACUUUGUGUCCGUCAUUAACACUCAGCAUUAACACAGCACAUGUGGUGUUGGAUCAGUAGGAGCACUAAUAUGAAGACAUUUCAACACACCUGUCAGCUUGAGAAAACAGCUGUUCUGUGUCCCUGAUGUGGUCCAAAAUGUUCAAAAUAAAAUGAUUCUUCUCCAGGAGAAGGUUUUAAUCGAUAAAUCACAACUCUAAAGAGAUUAUCCACACUGCCGAAGUAUGUUGUCUUUCUGUGACCCUAUUCUGUGCCACAUUAUUUUCCAAUGAUUUCCUCUCUUUAAUGUCUCGUUAGUCAACUGACACGUUGAGCUGCUGUCCUACUACUAUAUAUAUAUAUAUAUUUAUAUCAGCCUGAACUUUUGAUCCUCUGUUUGUUUGAGCUUUUCCACUCAAAUGAGCUUCAUGUCUUAGUUUCUGCAGCUUUGAAGCACACAGUCUCCUUUUCCCUGUUAUUGAAUCGGCUCCAGAUUGUUGCUUCAUGUCGUGGAUCAAAUUCUUGGCUGUCUUUUGUCUUGCCUGUUCAUGUGGAUAAAUGCUGGGUAUCACGUCCCCUCAUGUUUGUAAUGAUAUUUGGUAAAUGGUAGAGUUGGACAAACAAGGUAUUUUUAUUUAUUUUCUAAUCUGGUCUUGAAGCUUUGCACUUUAUUUUGUAUUGUGUAAUUAAAUAUGUGGACAUAUA